UUUGAAUCAUUAUUGGAAUUUUCUUGUUUUGUUUUGCUGGUGGUAAGAAUUCGGAUGGGAGAUCAUUUAGUGUUGGUGGUUGAUAGAUUAUCAAGAGAUUCUGGUCUUGUGGCGGUAAAGCGAGCAGAUAUUAAAACUGACUUGGUUAACAAAGAUGGUACAUCUGAAUCUGUAUCUGCAGGAGCUGAUUUAUGUGAGAGUAAAUUUGAACAAUGUAGGAUUUGUCAUGACGAAGAUGAAGAUUCCAACAUGGAUACGCCUUGUUCUUGUUCUGGAACAUUAAAGUUUGCACAUCAUGAUUGCGUCCAGAGAUGGUGCAAUGAGAAAGGUGACACCAUAUGCGAAAUUUGUCGUCAGCAAUAUAAACCUGGUUACACAGCUCCUCGACACUUGUUUCACUACACAGGCAUUUCUAUGAACUUUAGGAACGAUUGGGGAAUCGAGGGACUCGAUUUUCGUAAUCCUUAUUUUCUAACCUGGGAUGCAGCUGAUGAUCAUGACCUUUACUCAUUUCAUAGCCCCACAAGCUUAAUAUGUUGCCGCCUAAUUGCCUUGCUAUUUGUCCUUCUGCUAUUCUUGCGCCACUCUCUUCCAGUUUUACUAGGUGGAGUCGAUGAUUUCUCGUUAACUUUUCUCAUGUUACCAUUAGUGAGAACAUUAGGAAUCUUACUGAUUGUAUAUCUAUUUGUCAAGACAUUCAUUGCCAUACAACAUUGCAGGCAAGAGAGGGAUACAAGACUCUCUGGUUUCUCGUCUGAUGAAGAAACUGCACCACCUCGGAUAGUGAUGGCAUUGCCGGAAAGACCCGAGCUUUAUGUUCCUGUAAACUAAGAUGAUCAAUAUUCAAUAUAACUUCUCCUUAUACAUGUUGUUUGAUUUGUAUACAACUAUAUUCAUAGAAUCAAUGUUGGUAUUCCAAGUUUGAUUA